AUGUCGGCCCCGACGGCACCACCUGCCCUUCGUCGGCUUAUCCUCCGCCUCUUCUCACGCAAGUACGGGCUGCAGCUUCACGCCAGUGCCAUCUCCUUCAUCGUAGACACCCUCGACGAGCAUGGCCUACUGGAGGACGAGGCAGUGUGGCAGGACUCCAUAGAAGCGUUGGCAAAGGGUGUCGUCGAGGAUCUGGGAAGGGGCGAAGGGACGAGCUCGAUUGUGACGAGAACCGCCCUCGAAAGGGUCUACGAAUCCUUGCUCGUCGCCGACACGGCCGCGAGCGCAACACAAAUCGAGCGGCUACAGAACGACAUAACGUCCCGAGACCCCUUGACAUAUGGGGAAAAGGCGGAUCCGCACCGCUUCUUCCACGUCGUUGACUCGUUCAAGAUGCCAAAGGUCGUCUUUGACGAGCGAAGAAAGGUGUUUGAAAAGACUUCGCAGGCGCCCAAGCUCCUCCCACCCGCCACCUCAAAGCCGGCAUACCUCUUGGAGCGGCUCAACAUUGUCAAGAGCGCAGUGCUACGAAACGAGAAUUUCCUGCCCCCUUUGGCCGUGGGUAGCGGCAAGGAUCGCGACGCAUUCAUGAAGCUCACUUCGACGACAAAUCUUCUCGGUCGACAAGGGCAACGCUUUCUCCUCUUCGGGCUGCUCUGCACCACCUCCGAUGGACGAUAUGCACUCGAAGAUGCAGACGGCGUCGUUGGCCUAGACCUUGAAGACACUAUUCCGGGUGAAGGCAUCUUCACAGAAGGCAGUAUGGUCCUCGUUGAGGGAGAGUUCACCCAGGAGGAAAGAAUUCAUGUGUUUGCAAUUGGCCAUCCUCCCAGUGAACCUCGCAAGCAAGCUAGACUGUUGUGUAACCAAGUUGACUUCCUGGGGACCGGGUCCAUGUCUCUCAAGGAGGAAAGCGCGAUGAAGAUCCACGAAGAGUCGCAUUCUGACCUCGCCUUUGUCUUCAUUUCGGACCUUCAUCUCGACCAUCCCAAAACGUUGUCCAGCUUCCGAUCCAUGCUUCAGGGCUACCUCGACGCCGACUUUAUCCCCUUCGCUUUUGUUCUUUGUGGAAGCUUUCUCGAGAACAGCAAGACUGGCAAGGGCGACGUCAUCUCACGUUACCAAGACGCAUUCUCCAACCUCGGCGACGUCCUUUCCGCCUUCCCGUCCAUCAUUGCCGCAUCGCAUUUUGUUUUCGUUCCCUCUCCCUCCGAUCCAUUCUCGUCACCGACGCUUCCGCGAAGCGCCCUAUCGUCUGCAAUCUCCAGCAAGCUCUUCGCACGGCUCAACCGACCCUCCUUGGCCAGUGUCAAGGUCGAAGACCACAUUCAUUUCACCUCAAACCCGGCGCGGUUGCGCUACUUUGGACAAGACAUUGUGGUGUUCCGCGAGGAUCUCAUGGGAAAGAUGCUGCGCAACACCAUCAGGCUCAAGGAAGAGGCGCGCGAGGUGGAUCUGAAGAAAUACCUCGUGUCGACGAUUCUGGAUCAGGCCCACCUCUGCCCGCUACCACAACAGGCGCGUCCGGUCCUGUGGGACUAUGAUCACACGCUUCGCCUCUACCCCAUGCCGACGGCGCUCGUCUUGGCAGACACCUUUGACAGGUUCGAGUUGACGUACGAGGGUUGUCAUGUUUUCAAUCCCUCACGUUUCAAGGGCAACCACUUCGGGUGGACAACGUACUAUCCCGCCAGCGGCAAGGCCGAGCGAAGUGAAUUGCCGCAUUAG